AUGCAAGUACUUUGGAAUAAACAGGAUAGAUCAAGUCAAGUUGCUGAUGAAAUUCAUGAUUCGCUCAAUAAAUACAUUCAAAUUCCUAAUAUGACCCGUUGGAACUCUACAUUUAGAGCUGUUCAGUGUUUAAAAGACCAAUUAAAGAAGGAUGAAGAAAAAGUCCUAAAAAUUUGUGAUGUUGCAAACAUACCUAGAUUUGAUAAAAAAGAUAGAGAUUUUAUGACUGAUUAUUCCAUAGUUAUGGAACCCUUGGUAAAAGAACUCGAUAUUUUGCAAGGAGACAAAUCAGUUUGUAUGGGCUAUCUUCUACCAACAAUUAAUUGGUUAUCCAAACAAUUGGAAGAAUUGAGUUUAACUGGUGGUUGCUGCAAAGCUUUAGCUGCUUCUUGUGCCCAAGGUGUGGAAAAGAGGUUUAAAAAUAUGAAAAAAGAUAGUACAAUUAUUUUAGCGGCAGUAUCACAUCCAAAAUUUAAACUAAGAUGGCUGAGCGGAGAUGAAAAAAAGGAAGCAAAUGAUUUAUUACAAUUGGAAAUUGAUGAGACUCCAAAUUUUGACAAUAAUGAUGAAAUUAGUUCAAAAUUGCCUCAAGGUGAAGACGAAUUUCUCUUCAAUGAUGAAAAUGUUGAAGAACCAUAUCCAGAAAUUGAACGAUUUAUAAAUCCUCUUUAUAAAUCCUCCUUAUACAUCUGA